UACCACAAGGGGGCAGGAGACAAGAACAAAGGCUAUCCCAUAUUGGCUUCUCUCAAACGUUUUUACUGGAAGGACUUUAACUAAAUUAGACAAGCAGCAAGGAAGUGGAUUCAAAUCUCAGUACACUUUUCCUGUGUGGUGAAGCCUAUAAAUAGACCCCCACAAAUCCAUAGACAGCCAUCCAAGCAAAAGCAACAAAAUCCAUUCCCAUAUUUACCUCAGCUAGUUUUGUUGCUCCCUCUAAUGGCCGAUACGAUGCCCAACAUGGCCUUGACUCCUAAGGUCCCAGGGGCAUCACCCGCCCCCGCCGGAUCAACCGCCGUUGCCAGGCCAACCGCCACUUCCAGGCCAACCGCCCCUGCCGGGCCAACUGCGACCGCGCUCCAGAAGUACAUGAGGGGUGGCGCCCCCGGGGAGAGGAGCAUGAUCUCGAUGUCGGACGACAACUUGAUGAUGAAGCAGGUCUUGGAGACCCACUCCCCUGAUGGGCUGGAGCUCGACGUGAGACCUCUCCUAUUAAUCGUUGAGGACAUACUCACCCGCGCCACCCCCAGCGUCGACACUCUCGCUGACGGAACCACCGUUGCGCAUAUGGAAAACUUGGAUGAGAAGACUCACCAAGCCAGUUUCAUCGCCAUGAUGGACGCUCUCUCGUUCACCAUCGACCGUAUCUGUUGCGAGCUAUCUCUCAAGGCUUUGAGCGGCGGGGAUGCGCACUCGAUCACCCUGUCCAUAGUCAAGAUGCUCACGAGCUUCCCGUGGGACGCCAAGCUGGUGCUGACCCUGGCGGCUUUCGCCUUCAACUACGGCGAGUUCUGGCUGCUCGCGCAGAUCUACUCCACCAACCAGCUCGCCAAGUCGAUGGCCAUCCUCAAGCAGCUCCCGGUGAUCAUGAAGCAGUCUGGCCCGCUGAAGCCCAAGUUCGACGCCCUGAACAACCUCAUCAAGGCGAUGCUGGAGGUCACUUGGUGCGUCCUCCAGCUCAAGGAACUUCCCUCCCCGUACAUCUCGCACGAUGACCCGGCCCUCUCUGCCGCCAUGUCCCAUGUCCCCACUGCAGUGUACUGGACCAUCAGGAGCGCCGUAGCCUGCGCCACCCAGAUCACGGCCCUCACCAGCAUGGGCCACGAGUACAUAACAUCAACCACUGAGGCAUGGGAGCUGUCCACACUGGCCCACAAGCUCAAGAACAUCAGUGAACAUCUGCAGAAGCAAAUCGAUCUUUGUCAACAGCACAUCCAUGAAAAGAAGCAGCUCGAAUCAUUCCAGAAUCUUCUGCACCUCUUAGAUACGAUCCACAUUGACAACAUGAAGAUUCUCAAGGCUCUGAUCUACCCUAAGGAUGAUAUUCAGCCACUCAUUGAUGGAUCUACCAAAAGACGGGUACACAUCGAAGUGCUGAGGCGGAAGAACGUGCUGCUGCUCAUUUCGGGCCUGGACAUCUCCCAAGAGGAGCUCUCGAUCCUGGAGCAGAUCCACAGCGAAUCCAAGAUGCAUGCUUCGAGGCAUGAGAACCCCUACGAGGUCGUCUGGAUCCCAGUGUUUGACCGGUCCAAGACGCAAUGGACGGACGAGAUGCAGAAGCAGUUCGAGGCCCUCCAGUCAACCAUGCCGUGGUACACCGUGUACCACCCAAGCCUCAUCGACCAGGCCGUCAUCCGGUUCAUCAGGGAGAUAUGGCACUUUAGGAGAAAGCCCAUCCUCGUGGUGCUUGACCCGCAAGGCAAAGUUGUGUCCCCCAAUGCCAUCCACAUGAUGUGGAUUUGGGGCAGCAAUGCCUUCCCUUUCACUACCAUCAGGGAGGAAAACCUAUGGAGGGAAGAGACCUGGAGGCUUGAGCUCCUCGUCAAUGGCAUCGACCCGACGAUUCUCAACUGGAUUCGAGAAGGAAAGUACAUCUUCUUGUACGGAGGGGAUGACAUCGAGUGGAUCAGAAAGUUCACGGCCACGGCCCGUCAGGUGGCCGUCGCGGCGCGCAUACCCCUGGAGAUGGUAUACGUUGGGAAGAGCGACAAGAGGGAGCAGGUGAGGCGGACCGUAACCGCGAUUACUGUCGAGAAGCUCAGCUACUGCUGGGAGGACUUGGCCAUGAUAUGGUUCUUCUGGACCCGGCUAGAGAGCAUGCUCUUCUCCAAGAUCCAGCUCGGGAAGGCUGACGACCACGACAUCGUCAUGCAGGAGAUCAAGAGGCUCCUGAGCUACGACAAGUCUGGGGGCUGGGCUGUGCUGGCCAAGGGCUCCAGCGUGGUGGUCAACGGCCACGCAACGACCAUGCUGCCGACCCUGGUGGAGUACGACCUCUGGAAGGAGCACGUGCCCAACAAGGGCUAUGACUUGGCCUUCAAGGACCACCACGACAAGCUACAUGGGAUCGCCUACCCCUGCUGCCGGUUCGAGUUCCCAAGCGCGGCUGGGCGGAUCCCGGAGUGGAUGAAGUGCCCUGAGUGCCAGCGCCUCAUGGAUAAGCUCACCACCUUCCUCUGCUGCCAUGAUGAUGCCAAGCAUGGAACCAUUUCAAACCUCUACGACUAAUGAACUACCAUAUCGAUCAUCUUCAAUCGCGUCGCAGCUACGUAUCUAUAUACAAUAAUGCCGUCAUGUGAAAUUGUUUCUUUUUUCGUUACGUUACACCUUCUACUUCCAUUAUGUCACGAGUUUUAAAGGGGCAAUUCGUCUAUGUUUGUGACCUUUGCCACAAAAUAAAGAACCAUAUUGUAUGAAAUGAUAUUGAAGAGCUUAUAUAUACAUGAUUUGAUUUUGUA